ACGCACACACGUAUAUGUCCACACACACACACUUUCACACUUUCAGUUGUGCCUGGAGUGCGCUGGAGCAGGAACAAUCUCACUGGAUACUUUCACUGGAUGUCAUUAUAAUGGCUAAAAUCACCAGCAGUCUACAAGAUUUAAUUCUCACAUCUCAGGAAGCGAAACAGUUUGCCUACUCUCCGUACAGCAAGUUCAGGGUAGGAGCAGCUCUACUCACACACGAUGGAAGAGUCUUUACCGGAUGUAAUGUAGAAAACGCUUGCCUCGCUCUUGGCGUCUGUGCUGAGAGGGUUGCCAUCUCCAAAGCUGUGUCAGAGGGACAUCGAGAGUUCAAGGCCAUUGCUAUAGCCAGUGACAUGGAGGAUAAUUUUAUCUCACCGUGUGGUGGCUGCAGACAGUUCAUGAGGGAGUUUGGCCUGCAGUGGGAAGUUUAUUUGUCAAAACCGAAUGGCUCUUUCAUAAAGAUGACUGUAGAGCAGCUCCUUCCUGCCUCAUUUGGUCCUGAAGACUUGCAGAAGUGAAAAGUGAUUCCCACUAAGAAGAGACAUUAGAUUAUUUGACUGAAUGAAUAUGCUGGCACUUGAGAAUGAAAAUGUUGACUGUAUGUAGGCUUAUAUGUCAUCUUAUUAUUUAUAAGAUUAAUGUUCGCAGAAAUGUAUAAACACUGAUGUAACUGCUCAGUGGUACUUAAAUAAAGGAAAUAUUAUUUAA